UAAAACAAGAAGCUCCCACGCUGAGGUCUGUCCAACGCUGGUCCGACCAAGCUGAUUCCACACUCCAAGACUGCUUCCAUCACGUGGACUGGGACAUGUUUCGUAUUGCGUCAGACAACAACAUUGACGAAUACGCUGAUUCGGUGUGCGAGUUCAUGAGAACGUGUGUUGAAGAUGUCGUUCCCAUAGCAACGAUUAAAACAUUCCCUAACCAGAAACCGUGGAUUGAUGGCAGCAUUCGCGUGAAAUUGAACCACUGCUUUUAAUCAGGGCAAGGUGACUGGUAACAUGACCGAAUACAAACAGUGCAGCUAUUCCCUCCGUAAGGCUAUCAAACAAGCUAAGCGUCACUAUAGAGACAAAGUAGAAUCUCAAUUCAACGGCUCAGACACAAGAGGUAUGUGGCAGGGUCUACAGUCAAUCACGGACUACAAGAAGAAAUCCAGCCCAGUCACGGACCAGGAUGUCUUGCUCCCAGGCAGACUAAAUAACUUUUUUGCCCGCUUUGAGGACAAUACAGUGCCACUGACACGGCCUGCCACGAAAACAUGCCGUCUCUCCUUCACUGCAGCCGAGAUGUGAGCUUCCUAAGAAUCCACCUGUCUGGGAAUAACAGCCGUAUAGAGCUCUUGCAUGGCCCUCAUGACAACAUAGUAUAUGCUACAGGCAGCAUAAACCUGUUCCAGACAAACUUCCACAGUUCUAUGACCUCUACAAUGGGUCCUGUGUUUGGAGAGGGUUGUAGAAGUAAUGAUCCCACAUCACCAGACUGUCACUAUAACAUCACUGUUUUAUGCAAGACUAAAGAUCCAAACCAACUGUUCCUGUGUGGAACCAAUGGACAACAACACACAUUGUGCUGUUACAUGAACCCAUCAGAAGACCCGUUUAUCUGCACUCCAUCCAAGGACAUCCAAGACAUUAAACAACACAUAAAUGAAAGAGAGCCGUCACUCCUCAUUGGUUCUCCUGAGGUAGAGCAGUUCUACACCACUCACUCAGGCACAGAGCGUUCCGUGGGGAUCAACAGGUUCGGGAAGAAGAAGCUAUGGACAGAAAACAGUGGAACAGAACAGAGAUAUGUGAGUUUGGUGGCUAGCGGGCAGAGAGAGGAUCGUCUGCAGGACAGACUAUAUGCUUUCUACAUAGAGAAGAACCGAGGCCCGUGUUUGGGCUGUGAUCUCUGGGUUCCCUGGGUUGCUCAAGUCUGCAUGGCUGAUCUUGGAGGGCCCAAGUCUUAUCUGCAGUUCAGGUGGACCUCCAAGCUGAGUGCCAGGCUCUUCUGUGGAGACCAUGACAGCAGGCUGUACUUCACCCAGCUUGUGGACGUGAACACUGUUCUGGCAGAGAGGUGGCAGGAUACCAGGGUCUAUGCACUCUUCAGGAAUGGCUGGGGUAUGAGUGCUGUAUGUGUCUACACCAUAGAAGAUAUUGACCACAUCUUUAAAACCUCCAACUUCACUGGGCACACGGGGUCCGUUCCAAGCCCACGACCUGGGGAGUGUGUUAAAGACAGUACUAAACUCCCCAUGGAAGUCCUGAAGAUGGCGGACAAGGUUUCAGAGAUGAAGGAGGGGGUCACCAGUGGGCCUCUCCUGGUCACUCACCAGUAUUACCACCACAUCUGCGUGGACAGAGUCCAAGGCAAAGGGAAUGUCCUGUUUCUGUCUUUAGAGAAUGGAGGGAUUCAUAAGGUUCUGGAGAGGGAUGGUCAAGUCUUCGUCAUCGCUGAGUUACAACCUUUUAACUACAGCGCACACAUCCUCAGUAUGAUGUUGCACUCCUCCACGGGGAAGCUGUAUCUGGCCUCCAGCAGAGAGCUGGUUCAGAUUGACCUGGGCAGCUGUGAGCAGUAUGGAGCCCAGUGUGAAGACUGUGUCCUGGCCAGAGACCCCUACUGCGGCUGGGACGGCAGUCACUGCACCGCAGCUACAAAUAAGACAAUUCAGGAUGUGGAGAACGGGAACCAUCAGGUAUGCAGCAACAUAUCCAGAGGAGUUACUGCAAGUAAAGUUUACUUUCCAAGGUCACCAGUUGGCGCUGCAGAUGAAAUCAGAAUUCCUCUAUCUUCAAAGUACUUCCUCAGUUGCCCAACCUUGUCCAGCCAUGCGGAGUACAGCUGGAGGCACCAUGGCAACACCACAGCAACACCGUGCAUCUCCACAGGGUCAGAGCACCAGUGUCUCCUGCUAAUAGAGAGCAUGGGCCCUGAGCAGCAGGGAACAUACAGCUGUGUGUCUGAGGAGAGAGGCUACCACAGGACCCUGGUGCAAUACAAGUUACAGCUAGACAGUGGGGCCACAGGCCUGGCCUCUCCCCGCUUGGCUUGUCUGGGUCUGGUACUAACACUGGUCCUGACUUUGCUCUGCUAGAAUCAGCUCUGUGGGUUCUCACCCCAGCCCUUGUACUUUGGUCUUCCUUACACCCACACUACCUCAAGAAUAGUAUAUGACAGUCAACAGUCAAGUGACCGAGCCAUUUCCUUUGUUUCUUUCACGCUCAAUUGGUCAAAAAACAGAACGCUGUAGAAGUUGAAGGAACUGCACUUGUGCUAAGUUAACAAUUUAUCUG